AUGCUAGCAGUGCACCCUCGAGUCCCCUCCAGGCUGAGGAUGCUAGCAGUGCACCCUCGAGUCCCCUCCAGGCUGAGUCCCCACCAGGCUGAGGAUGCUGUAGACUGUGAUGAAGAGUGGAGCGGAGAUGGAGGGGCUGGGUUACCUAGCGACGGGUUGGAGGCGGAGUCCAUGAGUCCCAGACAAUCCAACAACGCUGCAGACUGCAACGUAGAGGACAAGGAUUGGUUACCUAGCAACAGACUGGAGGCGGAGUUUACUCCAGAAAGGCACACACUAGAGCAAAGAGUGAGAGGCGACACGUCUCUCCCGCCCCCCUCCACUCUCCUGAAGACCCUGUGUCGUGCCUCUCCCGGUACCCCCUUAAUUUGGGGUCUGAAGAGUGUGUCUGUGCAGCUGGUGGACUGCAGGAAAACACACAAGAAAACCCACUCCUGUCCUCAAGGCGGGAAGAGUCUUGCCACAAAAGACAUUCUGGAGCGACAUCUGCUAACUCACACUGGAGAGAAACAGAAGAAUAUAUGCGCUGAAUGUGGAAAAGUAUUCAGUACAUUUUCCAGCCUUACCAGACAUCUGAAAACUCACACUGGAGAGAAAUGUCAUGUUUCUGAAACCACAUGCUCUGAAUGCGGAAAGACAUUCAGUACACAUUCCAGUCUUAGGAGACAUCUGCUAACUCACACUGGAGAGAAACCGUACGUUUGUCCUCGUGGGAAGAAUUUAAAUGAUCCAGGCAACUUAAAGAAACACAUCUUUAGAACUCACUCAGGAGAACAUUUUGAAGAGGAACCUUCCGAAAACUAUGUUGGUUCCUCAGAACAUGAUGGGCCCGUGAAGAAACAAGUCCUUCAUCCAUGUGCUCACUGUGGUAAGAAGUUGUCAACCAAAACAAGACUAACGAUUCACCUGAAGACCCACACUGGAGAGAAACCUCACGUCUGCCCCGACUGCGGGAAGAGCUUUGCUUUCCGUCCCUCCUUGACCAAACAUCAGAAACUUUGUCAUUCAGAGCACGGAGGAGUGAAACGGCACGAAUGUUCAGUCUGUGGGAAAAUCUUUAAUCAACCAGGAGCCUUGAGGUCCCAUCAAAGAACCCACACGGGAGAGAAACCCCACCUCUGCUCCGACUGUGGGAAGAGUUUCUGUUUUCGUUCGUCUCUGAGAAGACAUCAGGUACUCCACGCAGGAGACAGUGCGAAGCCCCACGUGUGCUCUGUCUGUGGGAAAGGCUUCAGAGAUUCUGGAUACUUAAAAAAACAUCAAUCUAUCCAUUCCGGAGAGAAACCUCACCUCUGUUCUGAUUGUGGAAAAACUUUCACGUCCUUCCUUAGCUUAACAAAUCAUUCCAAAUCACAUCGUCUAGAUGGAAACCAAUUCCAAUGCCCUGAAUGUAAGCGCCAUUUCCCAACAAAGGAAAGGCUGACAAGCCACCGGAGGACGCACACCGGGGAGAAACCGUUCUGCUGCUCCCAAUGCCACAAGCGCUUCUCUCAUUCAAAUAGUUAUCAAAGGCACCUUCGCAUGCACUCUGGUGAAAAACCCUUUGUGUGUCCUCUCUGUGGGAAGCGAUUUAAUGACUCUUCAAACCUUAGAACACAUGUUAGAAGACAUAAAGGAGAAAAGGUAGGAAAGACACAGGUCUCUGAGCCAUGCCCUCACUGUGGGAAGAGGCUGGCUUCUAAGGCAGGGUUAGAGACUCACCUGCGGAUCCACACUGGAGAGAAACCUCACCUUUGUGCCAUCUGCGGCAAGCGAUUUACCUUCCUCUCCGCCUUGAGAAGACAUCAGAAAACGCAGCACAGAGAGCAAGUAGCGAAACCGCACGUCUGUUCUGUCUGUGGGAAAGGCUUUGUGGAGUCUGGAGCGCUGAAGAAACAUGUGGUGACCCACGAGGAGAAACAGCACCUUUGCUCCGAUUGCGGGAAGAGUUUUAGGGUGCUUCAGGCCUUGUCGAUUCAUCAGAGAACCAAGCAUCAGAAAACAAAUCAGCAAGUAAGAGAAAACAAUUCAUACCUCUGUCUUACUUGCGGCCAGGAAUUCAAUUCGAAGCAUAGAUUGGUAAUCCACGAGAGAAAGCACACAGGAGAGAAACCUUACCAAUGCUCUCUGUGUGGCAGGUGCUUCGCUGAUAAGACUAACAUGAGACGUCACCAGACAGUGCACACAGGAGAGAAACCAUUCCAAUGCUCGGUCUGUGACAUGAAGUUCUCUCAAGUCGCCUCUUUAAUACGGCACCGGCUAAUACACUCGGGUCACAAACCGCACCACUGCACUUACUGUGACAAGAGUUUCUCUCAGUCGAACACGCUGAAAACGCACAUACUAACCCACACCGGAGAGAAACCGUACCAGUGCCCCGACUGUGGGAAGGGUUUCACUGAAAAGAAAGCCAUUAAGAAACACCAACACGACACACACGGGACAGGAGCACACAGCAACACACUGCUUUCUCAUAGAGAUUGAGUCAAGACCAGAGCCCUCGGGCAAAGCCCUACCGAUGUCCUGACUGAAGAAAAUGUUUCUCGGAGAAAAGAGCUCUUGUGAAAACCCAGAAGGCACACCGGAGCGACAGCGCCCCUUAUUGUUUCAUUUUGAUCUGAAGGUUUGAGAAUGUUUUAAAAUAAACAUGUGCUUUUU